GAAUCUUCUCUGACGUUAACACAAAAAUGAAAUCACGAUAUUUUACCAAAAAUAGAUUUAACAAAUUUAAAAACCUUCAAUAAUAUUUUUGUCAAUGAACCAUGAAAACGGCCAUAUUUAUCGCUAACUAUUAAUGAUGAAUAAGACGACGUAAACAACGGGAUAGUCUUCAUUGAAAAAUACCAUCAUAUUUGGUUGUUUGAAGAGCAGGGAUGCUGUAUACACUGAUAACAGGACUUUUAGCGCUUUCAGCUUCUGUGGCACCAGAAUGUACAGUACAGCGACCGAUAUCUGAGCGGAAGUGUCUCUAUGGAUUGAUAACUUGUGAACACGGUUAUUGUAAUAGGAUGACUGACCCAUGUACAUGUGAUAGUAAUAUUUGGUCGGGCGAUAAAUGUGAAAAGUUAAUCUGUCCUCCAGAAUGUAGUGGACUUUGCGAAUGUUAUGACAAUAACGUUGUAUGUUUGCAAUCGGAUACCAGCAAAAUUUCUGUCAGUACGGUAUCUAUCACUCCAGUAGUCACCACUCAAACACAUGAUGCGAGAACUGAUGUUAUGCUAGAGGAACAUGUUUGCUCAGACAAUUAUACUCUACGUCCACCUUCAGAAAGAUACUGCAUCGGAGUAUUCUGCAGGUAUGGAAAGUGUGUUGUUACUGAGCGGGGAAACCACAGAUGUCAAUGUGACCUUGGCGGAGAUGGAGGUUUAUGUGAAAAACGGUGUUGUAAAUCAUGUGGUGAUUUUGGAUGUAAGAUAAUUAAUGGAACUGAAUACUGUGAUGAUGAAAAUCGUCCAGGAAAAGAUCCUAUAUUAGACCCAGAAGAGGAGAUAUGGUACUGGUACCUGAUCGUAUCACUGGUGGUAGUAACAGCGUCAUCAAUUCUCAUGGUGUAUUUACUGUGGUGGAAGAAAUACAUUCCCGUUUUAAAACUUGUACAUUACUUCAAAUCUUAUGAAGAAUAUGAUGAAAGGGAAUGGGAUGCAUUUAUUUCUUAUAAAAGCGGCGGAAAUGAUGAACAAUUUGUACUGAAAUAUUUAUUUCCCAAAUUAGAACUAGAACUGGGUUUUAAACUGUGUCUUCACUUUAGAGACUUUAUUCCUGGGAAUGCAAUAGCCAAUAAUAUUCUACAGUCUGUUACUAAGAGCAGACGAGUUAUCUUAUUGUUAACGCCCAGAUUUAUACAGAGCGAAUGGACAAAGUUUGAAUAUCAAAAAGCUCAAUAUGAGAUGAUUCAUGGUAGACAAACUAUCAUCCCUAUAAUACUGGAAGACAUCUCGUCCUUCAAAAACAGUAUGGAUUUAAAUUUACAACAUAUUCUAAAAUCAGUUACCUAUUUAGAAUGGCCAGGGGAAGAUAACCCGUCGAAAGAAAAAAAGUUCUGGACUAGGUUAACAUUAGCAUUGCCGAAAAGAAAAGAAGUUGAAGAGCGUAUUCAAACUUCUUCUGAUGACUCUGCUAGUCGAUAUUGUUUUCAAAAUGAUUUACCGAAAUCAAUUAUUCAUACAAAGAAAGAAAAAAACUUAAAUCAAAACAACCAAAUAAUACAACCAGUGGUUCAACUGAAAAAAGAAGAAAAGAUUCUUAGUGAUAUAAUAGCUGGAAAAACUUAUAAAACCAAAAAUGGUGAAAUUUCACUCGACUCUUACAAGUCAAUUCCAUUAUAAUUAAUUAAUUAGGACUUUAACGAUUGAUACAUUUCGUUCUAUUAGGAUAGAAACAACUUGAACCAAACAAUGGGACUGAUUAAAACACGACAUCUUCUUUUUAAAAGCUGGUAGAAGAUGAGAUUAGAAAAUAUUUCGAUACCGUAAAGCAAUUUGGUUGCCUAGGAUCAUGGAAGUAUUAUAUAAUACUUCCAUGCUAGGAUGUAAACCAGCUGGAUUAUUUGGUUGUAAAUAGGAGUAUAUAAGAUAUCAAUUAAAGUCAUUAUACAUAAAAAAAAAAAAAAAAACUGUUAACACAGAGAUAUGCCUCGCCUUUUUGUUAUUUCGAUAGUAAAAUGCAAAUGUUGAAAUUAAAAUAGCAAUACUUUAA